AUGUACGCUAGACAAUUAUUAAGAGUUGGAUCUGCUUUAAGAGCUCCAUUAGCUAGAGCCAGUGUUCCAUUGGUUAGAACACCAGCUAUAACAAGUCCAGUUUUCCAAAGCAAACGUUUAUAUCAUGAAAAGGUGAUUGAUCACUAUUCCAAUCCAAGAAACGUUGGUAGCUUGGAUAAAGCAUUGCAAGACGUGGGUACCGGGUUGGUUGGUGCCCCGGCUUGUGGGGAUGUGAUGAGAUUACAAAUACAAGUUGACGAGGAGACUGGGGUGAUUAAAGACGUUAAGUUCAAGACUUUUGGUUGUGGUUCUGCCAUUGCCAGUUCUUCUUAUGUUACUGAGUUGGUCAAGGGGAAGACUUUGGAAGAAGCCUUGGCCAUUAAGAACACGGCCAUUGCCAAAGAAUUGUCCUUACCUCCAGUUAAGUUACAUUGUUCCAUGUUGGCUGAAGAUGCAAUUAAAAGCGCAGUUAAAGACUAUAGAUCCAAGAGAGUGGUUAAAAAACCAACCUUGGGUCCAGAAGCAGUUGCUGCUUAG